UUGAUUAAUGCUAAUAUUGUUAUUAGGCAUUUGGUGAAACUGAACUCUGACCCUACCUCCUCUUUUCGUCGACCGGCCUCGUUUCCGGUGCGGUCCGAUCUCCAUCGAGCCGGCCCUUUCUCUCUCAGUGAAUUACAUCAAAUGGACAAUCAAGUCACUACUAUCAACCAACUUAAUCAUUCAGCCCCUGCUCCUGCUGCUGAGCCGGCCAAGGCAGAACCUAGAGGAUGCCCCAUUUCGUUUUACGAUCCAUCGGUAAAAAGAGUUUCCCCGGCCUUCCGAGGAGUACUAUAUCGUUUCAGACGCCUUCCUCCUAUUAUUGAACAUCAACCUGCUGGUUCAGAACCUGGUGAGGCAGCCAAAAUUAUUUGGCGUAGUUACAGAAGACACAGUGGAAAGGAUCUUACUCUUAAUGACAUUUUUAGUGACGAAAGCUUUGAUCUGGACGAAAACUACGAGGAAGAAAGAGAGAAGGCAUUUUUCGGUGCUGCUCCAGGAACUCCAUUUGUGCCUCGUCCAUUUCUAGCAAUGGCAAGAUUUGCAAUGGAAGAGCAUAACAAGAAAAUGGGCAGUGAUGUGAAACUUGAAUCUGUGAUCGGUGUUAAUCAAGGGCAUGUUGUGAACUGGAACUUGAAUUCAUUUACACAUUAUCUUACAUUGAGGGGCCGUGAUAUGGGUUUCUACCUUGCUAAGGUUUGGUCAAAAUUAGUACCAAAACGUGGCUUGGUUGUCAGGUCAAGAAUGUCCAGAGGUGGUUCCAUGGCCCCAAGAGUGAGUGCCAAUUACGCCCUAAAAUUUUGGGGCAUACCAAGAAAACCCAUUCCAUGGGCUAGGAGGACCUCAGCUUCUCGACCCAAGCCUUGGUCUAGGUCUAGGCCUAGCUAGCUCUUCUAUUAUAGUAUUUCAUACUCUUUCUUUUAACCAUAAAGUUAAGUCCGUACGUAAAGGUAGUUCCAACGUUUCUUCACUCAGUCUUUUUGCUGCUAAGUGGCAUUGACAAAGUUGUUGAGAUGAAGAUUUUGAUGGGCAACGUUGCUGCUGAGUAUUUUUGUUAUAUUUUUCAUUUUAAAAUAAAUGUGAAUUUGAGAUAGGGUUUUUGAUUUUUAAUAA